GAAUUCGCCCGAAGGCAGCUGUUCAACUGACGGGACAAAAACGACGCACACACUAACGAACAUUAGAAAUUGAAGAAAAAAACGAAUCAACGACGAAGACGACGACAACAACAACAACAGUCGAAUAACGCUACUCUACAAACAACAUACUCAUCUCGUUCGCAUUCUAUGUGUCGUACAUUUGUAUGUGUCCAGUAAAAGAGAUACACAUCAUCUUUACAUAUACAGUUUUGAAAACAAUGUGUUCGCAUUCAUCGUCGUCGACGAAUGAAAGAAAGAGGUAGAGAAAAAGAAACGUCGAAAUAUCAUACACACACUCAAGUCCACAGCGAAAAGAAAAGAAACGAAACGAAAUAUAUUCUGAGUUUGAUUUUAAUCGGUUUCUUCUCUUUCGAAUGCUAAAGCGCAUCAAUACGUGCCGUGUAUUCGUGCAGCAGCAGGUGAUACAAGAGUCAAGAACCUGAAUGGUGUGCUACAUGCGAUGUAAAUAAUAAAUUAUUCAAAUGCAAUUUUGUGAUUGGGAACCCAUCGCAAGAAGUAUCAGACGAAAGGUAGAAAUGUGUUUUGGACAGAAACAUUUUGGUGUGAUGUGGAUAUAAAAAUGUUCGAUUUUUCAAGUGGUUGUGAUAAUGUGACUCUUGGGAAAAUGAAAUCGUUUUUUCUCUGCUGCGAGAAGUUUUUUUCAUUUUUUCUUUAGUGAAAUGGUAACAAAGAGACAAUCGGACAUUAUAGUGAGUUGGUGAAGAGGUGAAGAUCGAUACACAAGUUUCUCAAGAAAAUUUCUUGGAAUCAUUUCGAUCGAAUUGUUGACACGAUAAUUCUGAACUUAACCGAUUUGACCGAACUAAAAAUAUCAAAUAAAUACGGGCUUGUCGAAAUAUUGCAUCAGCCAGAGUUUGCAUCGACAGAAGGAGUGUCUGUUAAAAAAACAUUUAAAUUGCAAAAAACAAAACGCUAUUAAAAAACACUCUGUGAUUAUUGUCAUACCCAUUUAAAGAAUUUGUGUGUGCCCAUUCGUUUGCAUUCAGUCUGGUUUCUAGUUAUAGAGAAGCCGAGUAAAUAAAAAAAAACGUGCAUAUUUUCAUGGGUGUAGCAACAGAGCACGGGUUGGAACUUACGUGUUUAUUUUGAAAAAAAUCACAACAUUGUUGCAAUUCGCGUGCAUUGUGUCAUUUUGUGGCCGUUGGUAUAUGUUUUUUUUGUUCGUCUUAUUGUGUGUGUCGUGUGUUUAGUCUCUUUUGAAUUUCUUUAUUGAAAAUUGUGUGUCGUUGAUUUUUUUUCCUGUCGUUGUUGAACUGCUGAAUGCAGAUUCCGUACAAAUUUGAUGUAAAUCGCUGAAAAAUGAACCAAAUCCGAUCGAACGGUGAAUGUGAACGGUGCGUUGUUUGUCGCAGCAAAUAAUGCGAACGUUGUGAUUUCGUCGGGCUGCUUCCUCGUUGCAUUGUAUCUGGGUCCGUAAGCGUGAAGUAAACAAAUGAGCAGUUCACAAACGAACGAAUAAUAAUAGGUUUGCCAAUUAUUACAAAGGAACAGACGACAAACAUCUAUAUAGAGGAAAACAGAAAGAAACAUAUACAUUGCAUAUAUAUGUAUAUAAAUCAGGCCCAGUCACCGUGGUUUCCAAUCAGCUAUUGCAUUUGUUUAUUCGCAUUUCAUGUGAUCUUGCAUAUUAAUUUAAGGCGCAGCAGAGAAAGUGAAGCGUGAAACCGAUACCGUACACACAUUGCAAUCGACAUAAGUAAUUGAUUCUUUUCUGCACACACGGUGAACCAUACAAUACUGCUGUUGCCGCAACAUAUCAUUCAACAGUUCGAGUAAACGCUUUCAGAACAACGGACAGAAUCAUUAUGGAGAUUGGUCUCGAUGAAGAUGAUGAAGUCACAGAUAUUCGCGAACAAAUGUUUCACAACACUGUUCGUGAACAAAUCAUUUUCUUGUUGCUGUUCAUAUUGUUGUACGUUGGUUCGUUUGCAUUGAUCGGUCGAUUUCGUCGUCGUGAUAAGGAAGAUCUAUGCUCCACCGACGACGAUGAAGUUUUAGUAUAUAAAAUAAGCCUAUGGCUGUGCACAUUUUCGUUAGCCGUUGCCAUAUGUGCGGCAUUGCUGUUGCCCAUAUCGAUUGCUAGCAAUGAAGUGUUGCUUCUAUACCCGCUCAGUUACUAUGUUAAGUGGUUGAAUAGUUCGCUGGUUCACGGACUGUGGAAUCAUGUGUUUCUAUUCUCAAAUUUGUCAUUGUUUGUGCUGCUUCCAUUCUCAUAUCUAUUUGCCGAGUCGUCGGGAUUUUUCGGCCAUAAAAAGGGGAUCAUAUCGCGAGCAUAUGAGACAUUUACCGUGUUCUCACUUUUAGCUGUUGUCGUUUUAGGCAUCACUUAUGUUGUAUCAGCCGUUAUUUAUCCAGAGAAGAGAGGGAUACAAACGCUAUUAAAUUUGGGAUCGUAUCACCUACCAUUUUUAUAUUCAUGUGUUUCAUUUAUUGGAGUGCUCUUGUUAUUGGUAUGCACGCCGUUGGGUUUUAUCCGAUUAUUCGGGGUCGUUGGCCAGGUGUUAGUGAAGCCACACUUAAUGCGUGACGUCAAUGAAGAAUAUCAUGCGUCGCACUUGGAGGAGGCGAGUGUUUUACGAAAAAUUGAAAAUUUGCAAUACAAUCAGACAAUCACAUCCACCAAAUUAUCCACGAAUAAUAGCAUUGCAUCAACACAACCAUCCAAAUAUUGUGAUAUAAAUUCCAUUCCAAAAGCAUUUGGUUCGCUAACAAUAUCAUUGCUGCGUCAUCGCAACCGUAAACCAUUAAACACAAUUAGUUUCAAUCAUAAGAAUCAUCCGAGCAAGGCAAUUAUUGAUGACGACAUGCCCAGUGACACCGCCGACUAUUCGACAAAUAUUUUGGAAUGUGAUGAGCUACAUGAAAGACUGCACAAAUUGCGAAUCGAACGCAAAGAAUUGGAUAAACUACGUAGUUCGACGGCAAUUCAGCGCAAUUUGAUUUAUCCAUUGGCCAUGCUAAUGUUGCUAUUUCUAACGGGUGUCACCGUUUUAGUUGUCGUCCAAAAUACAUUGGAGCUGUUGAUUGGUAUCAAAGCGUUACCGCUCAGCACAAGGCAAUUCACAUUGGGCAUCACAUCAUUGUCAAAAGUUGGACCGAUUGGAGCCGCAACCGAAGUGUUAAUCAUCUUUUAUUUGUGCGCCACAUCAACCGUUGGCCUGUACACAAUGCCAUUCAUGCAGAGCAUUCGGCCACAACGACACAAAACCUCACUCGCCCAACUCAUCGUCAACGGAGCACUGGUUUUAAUACUUAGCUCGGCAUUGCCGCUUUUAUCAAGAAUUUUGGGAAUCACAAAUUUCGAUUUGCUGGGCGACUUUGGUGAAAUCGAAUGGCUGGGCAGUUUCCAAAUUGUUCUAUUGUACAAUGUAAUUUUUGUGGGCACCACCACAUUAUGUUUAGUGAAUAAAUUUACGGCCACUGUUCGACAAGAACUAUGCAAUCGGUUAGUUGAAAAUUAUAUCAUAUUCACAAAUUAUGUGUCAUUUAUCAAUUGAUUCAUCACGCAUCCAAUCUUAUCACUUAAUUUAUUGUGUGCGCAUAAAUUUCAAAGCAAACGAGCAUUUUUUUUUUGUUUUUUUUUUUAAACAUUUUAUGUAUGUGUUUAUAUGCCUAUGGCAACUGAUCACAAUUACAAAAGUCACAAAGAAAAAAACUCAAUCGUGUUUAUUAAAACGUAGAUUUCGUUCCAAAAGGGCAGUAGAAAGGGAAACAAAUAUAUACAUAUAUGAGAAAUAAAGCAAUUCUUCCAAUGAGUAAUUUAAUUCAUUAUGUGUGUAAAAUCAAAAUUGAGAAUAACCCAGUUUAGUGUCAUUAUUCUUUUUUUUUAUUUAUUUUUAGUUUGUAGUAUUUAGAAUGUGACUAAGCUAAUUUCGGCAUUUAACGUGUUAUUUAUUUUAGUAUGUAUAUGUAUAUUUAAAUCAAAGCAAUUUAUCACUUCAUUUUUUAACCAAUUCGAAGAAUAAUUUUUUUUCCAUUAGCGUAGAUAACAUCCUUUCAAGUAGCUCACCUUUUUUUCGAAACUUCUUUUUGUUUUUUUGUUAAUUUCUAAAUUGUCUGUGUUGCAAGCAUAACACUGAUCAGCACUGACUCAUAUCAUACAACAAUCACACGUAAAAUGCUUUUUAAGUACUUUAAGGCAACGAAUUGUGAACUAUAAUAACAAUAUGAAGAGAAAAAAAAUAAAGACUUUAUGCACCUUAUCAUUAA